AUGCUAGACUUCAUCAAGUCAAUGGUACGAAAGGACAAACGACAGUGGUGCGGUGUCUGUCUCUUCGAGCUCAAUCCGACGGCUAAAUCGCUCCCGUCGGACGUAGGCGAGCGAUGGGAGUACGCAUUUGCGGAAUCUGACGAUCGCGAAUUCAGUUUGACGGAUCUUGUCCACUCCUCUCAGCGUGGUUGCAACCAGUGCACAGCUUUCAUCAGAGCCUUCAAAACUUUCGGGAUCGAAUGCAAAGAAGCCACAUGGAACCCCAACGUAAAUUCUCCUGGAAGCCCAUUUUUGGAAAUCACAACGGCCGAUGGCACGAAACAGAAUUUGGAGCUCUGCUGCAGCGAGGCGUCACUAGAUAAGCCAGUACUGUUUGCAGCCGAGACAUCAGUACAUGCGGCUCUGUGUAGGGGCUAUAAACUCUCACGCUCGACAGGAGACGACAAAUCUAUUACUCAAGCGGUAGAUUGGCUGAGCAAGUGUAGGGCUUCGCACGGCGAAUGUCAAGCCUAUGAUGCAGCCUUUGUGCCAACCCGACUUCUUUAUUUGGGAACGAAACAGGCAGAAAGUCAGUUUCUUGAGCUGGUCGAGAACCUGGACCAUGCUGUACCAUAUGCUGCUUUAAGCCACAGAUGGACACAAGAAACGCCGACAAAGAGUCUCCUAACAAAUAACUUGCCAGACCGAAAGCAGAAUGGUAUGCCUAUGGCAAGCCUACCAGAGAUGAUGCAGGAUGCCGUGUCUGUGUUGCAACGACUGGGCAUCGAGUAUGUAUGGAUCGACUGCCUGUGCAUAGUGCAAGAUGACAAAGAUGACUGGAAGAAAGAGGCAUCUUUAAUGGCAUCCAUCUACAAAAAUGCGGACCUCACAAUCGCGGCCUCCUGGUGCGACAGAGUCGGGCAACGACUUUUUCGAGACCACAGCGCGUCUCAUGAAUCGGCGGUAGAUGUUGCCGAGAUUAAUGGCCAGUCCAUCUUCAUCCGCCGCAGGAAGCCUCAUUUCAGCUGGAUGGGCAACGAGUCAUUUUGGUUCGGCCAUGCGAUGACAGAUGAUCCGGAUGUCGAGUGGCCCACUCUGACCCGAGGCUGGGUCUAUCAGGAACAACUACUAUCACGUCGAAUGCUUCAUUUCACGCGAAAUGAACUCGUUUGGGAAUGUCUCGAGACAACCCAGUGUGAGUGCGGAUGGCUCGAUAAUAAUAAUGUCCGUCGUCAGGGGGAGACAGGGUCAUAUAAACGAGCUGCUGGCGACAAGACUUGGGCUGAGGUGAUUAAAGAAUAUGCCAAACGUCCUCUGACUGUUCCCAUGGAUAGGUUACCAGCUUUAGGAGGCAUUGCUAAGACGAUUGCGGUGGCAAAGGGCUACGAUACAGAGGAGUAUCUGUGCGGGCUUUGGGAAAAGGAGCUUGAAGGCAUUUUCUGGUAUCUUACCGAGCCUCCCCGUGGUCCGCGAUCCAAUCCCCAGAUUCCCGCGUGGUCGUGGGCCUCUGUGGAUGGUGAUAAAGACUGUUGGCAGGCUUCUUUAGAGGGCAUCGAGUUUUUGGGAAGCGACGUGAAAUAUGCCGCCGGCAGCGAUCCAUUCUUGGGCGAUGUGGUAAGCGGAACAUUGACACUCGCUGGACAUGUCGUUCCUGGGAUCAUGCAUCACGGCCAAGAUUGGACUAAAGCUUUGGAAGCAAUGCGCGAUACCGCAGAUGCUUCUCAUCCGCUGACUUGCGAGAGGGGCACAGAAUAUGGAGUGCAAAUUUGCGGACAAUUUGUCGCACUCACUCCAGACUACAGAGUAGAUUUACCAGGAAUCGGUUUUGCAUCUUCCGGCUCGCAAGUUUUUUGUCUGCUCUUCGGACGUACGACAUCGGGAGAGAUGGAUCCUGAUUCAGGCGAAGGAACUGAGACCGUUAGAGCGAACCUUCUCGUGUUACGCCGUACGAGUGAAGAUCCUCCUCGAUACGAGAGGAUUGGAGUGAACGAGUGCUGUAUUGAACUAGAUACUUUUCUAAGCCAGUCUGAAAGGUAUCAGCUGACAUUGGUAUAA